UCUUGACACUGAACUGAGAUUUCGUCCGCCUCGUGCCUCUCCGCCUCAUGAGCUUCCAGAGACAACGCGCCUCUCGCUGCCUCUCGCUGCCUCUCGCUGCCUCUCGUUGCCAGAAGCGCAGAUCUUCUGCGGUUCCCCGCCUGCUCCGCGAAGCUGACCUUGACGCCUGGCGGUGUAUGCACACUGCAGAGCUCGACAGGGUAGCUUCCUCGGGUGUAUGUACACCCGAAGUUGGCUGCUGACCAAACGCCGAGAAGCCAUCUGAGAAGGCGGUUUCGCGUUUGUCGGUCCCGACGAUGCGUUUACGAGACAACACGAGAGAGGCAGAAGGAACUCUCACGCGAAGUCACUCGAGAAAGCAAGUGUCUCCUCAGCUUGUCUCCUGUCGGGGUCCUGCGCCGAGCUCCCGUUCUGAGAGCGGCCUCAGGCUUCGUUUCUUUGCAGGCGAGAAGCGGGGGAGUUGAAGGAAGUGAGUCCCCUUGCUCACUCUGCCAGUUCUGCGUCACUUUCGUCUCCGCUCGCGCCGCCCGCUCCUUCGCUGGAAAGCAUCUCGACAUUCUCUCGACUUUUCCCUGACCAGCGCGCGCAUCUCCCUCCUCGUCCUCCUUGUCCUCUUCCUUUUCUGGCAGCUUCCUCGUGUCUUUCUCCUCGCCUCGGAGUGAAGCCUCGUCCUUCGGUUUCUUUGAGCGCCUCCACUUGUCCUUCCCGGAGGACCUUGAUUGGUCUCCGUCCUGGGCUCGUCCUUUCUGUCCACGCCCCUGUUGGCUUCCAGGCGUCGCUCCCUCUGUGCCUUUCGCGGCAACUUGCUUCUGUGUCUGCGGCGACACUCGACGCUGCGCGAGUUAGCUGGCGGAAGUCUUCGUCGUCUUCAGAAUAGCAUCCUAGACUUGCAUCAUGUUCAGAAAGAAAGCUGCACUGGGGACCCUCAGUCUCCUCGGCAACAAGGAGCGGAAGAAGCUGCGCGAGCAGGCGCUCAAGGCUUUUCCCUUGUUGGUCGAGGCCGACUUCGACCUUCUCCUUCCGCCAAAAGAGGAAAUUUCAGUUGCCAAGCUGCAGUUUCCUCCCGCGCCUGCGGGCUCGACUGCUGGCGGCAAUGCCUCGCCUUCGCUGACGAAUUCGCGAGGCAUGAACCGAGGGACUGUCUACCUCUGCCGCGGAGAGCCUGUCUUCUUUGAGGUCAACGGCGUCACCCUUCCUUCGGUGUAUACGCUGUGGAAGUGCCCGGACUUGCUGCCAACCUUCGUCGUCCACGCGCCGGUUUCCUCCUUCAUUCUGAAAGGAGCGGAUCUGAUGCUGCCGGGAGUCAUUUGGUCUCUCACGCUCGACGGGUUGGAGAGACAAAGAGCGAAGAAGAGAGAACAUGGAGACGGCCGAACACUCCCCGAAGGCAUAGAAGUCAUGCAGCUCUGGAGUGUGCGCGUCGCCGGAAAUCCACUCCCCUUCGCUGUUGGAUGCAGCACCGUCGCUGCCGUUGCUCUGCAGCACCUCGCAGGGAAGGGAAAGGCUCUCGAAAUGGCGCAUGCCUUUGGCGAUGGACUCUGGCAACUCGGCUCCCAGUCGGCUCCAAGCAAAUUGUUCACACCAAAGCAAGUUAUGGGCGAUCCGAACGACGAGGAAACUGCGGUGUCGCUCGCCUCCGUCGGCUUGGCGCGUCCCAGCACGCAAGAGGGAAAUUGCGCGGCAGCUUCAGGCUUUCCGGAAGACGACGGUUGGGAUACCUCUGCCGAGAAUGCAUGCGACAAACGCGAAGUCGGAAAUGGCGAGGAAGAGGGCGCAGACGCGCGAGACUCCGCCUCGCCUGUCGAGGCAGACGAAGGAGAAGACGGGAGAGAAGAACAGGGAGGAGAAGGAGAACACGAUGGACGAGAAGAAGACAGGCAAGACGACGCGCAGACGCAGACACGGAGCGAGAGCCCCAUGGCCGCUCCCGCAACGUUGAGCACAGAGGCGAUGGAUGAAUACUUCCGCCUUUGCGCUCUGGAGGUUUUGCAUGCAAUUUCAGACGACCAGCUCCCGAUGGAUAUCUCCGCCCUCAACAGUAAAAUUGCGGCAGAAGCGCCUCCGGUCUACGUGGAGAAAUUGCGAGUGCCGGGGAAGCCCGCGACUUUCGUCGCUCCUGACGUGAGGAAGACAUCUCAUAAAAAGCUGGUGAAAUUCGUACAAUUUCUGUCCAAGACGAAGCUGCUGCAAACCAAGGAGACGCGCGGGGCGGUCGCCAUGGUCAAAGUGAAUCGCAGCCACCCGCAGUUUCUCGAAUAUAAGCCACUUCCGGAGAAGACGAAGAAGAAGAUUCUCGAGCGCGUCGCCGCCGAGGAGGCCGCCGCCUCGGCCUCGAGUCCAACUAGCGCCGGCGGCGAGGAGACAGGAGACAGGCGGCAGCCGGGGCGUGCGGUGGCAGGAGAGAGCGGCGCAGCGAAUGGAAGCGAUUCAGGGCCGUUGGUGUUGGAAUUCUGCACGCCACCUCAGAAACUCACAAAAGUCUUCCACGCCGUCAACGUUCAGACAGGAAAGGAUACCUUUUUCACCUUUGCAGAGGCGAAGGAGGUGCUCUCCCGCUACCUGAAGGCUGCGGAAGAGGAGAGGAAGGCCGAAUCGAAUUCUUCGGAGAAGAUGCCUUGUGGCAAGGAGAUGCGAAGAGACGAAGUCGCCGUGGACGCCGUCCUGAAGGACGCGCUCUUAACGAGGGACGAACUGGCGACCUCGAAAGGAAGCGAAGAGUUCUCGAUGAAGAAAGAAGAAGUCUUUUCUAGAUGGCAGGCCGCCUUGCAGCCUUGUCACGUCAUCGUCCCUGCAGGCGCUCCGAAGAACCUCGAUGUCUCCACCCUCAAAGUCCACAAAGGCACCUGCCCGCCUGUAAAGAUUUCGGUCGAAGAUCGCUUCGGCGGACGCAAGCAUAUAACGCACGUUGUGGGAGUGCAUGUUUUUCUGCUCGAUCCAAAGACUGUCGCGGACUACCUGCAAAAGAAACUCGCAGCGGCGGCCUCGACCUACGCUCUGCCAGGCCAGAAGGUGCAAGCUGCAAUCUCGAUUCAGGGAAACAUGGGUGCGGCGGUAGCUGACGCGCUCAUCUCUCACUUUAAACUCGAUCGAAAGUACGUUGUCGUUGAACAAAAGAAAUCGAAGGCUGGAUCGCGAAAGUGAACUCCUCUCGUGGUGGCUGUUCCUUGUUAAACGCCUGGGCGGAAAGCAUCCCGAGUUGUCUUUUUCCGCGCGUCUCCAGUCCGGCGUCCUCUUCUUCGCCUCGCGUUCUCGGGUGUCUCGAGUCUCCCCGCUGAAUCGCAGCUUCGCUCCCCUUCGACGCCUUCUUUGUUCUCCUUUCUCGCAGAGCUGUCGCCGCGUUGAUCUGGGAGGCAGCACCUCACAGAUGUCUCUUUCCUGUUUGUUGCCUUCCGCUUGCCUUCUCUCUGCCGUUUGUCGAACUGCGGUUCGACUCUGUCUCUGUCUUCUUGCCCUCUGUGCCGAAGUGAUAACUCGUGUCUCCACGGGUGGCUGCGCUACCCCCGUUCUUCUUUCUUUCUUCUCCUUUCUCGUCCCUCGCUGCUGUCUUUGUUUGCCUUUAUCUCGUUUGUAGAGAGCACCUUGUUGGUUCUCAUCUUGCGCGUUUUUUCUUUCGUCUGCUGAGUCUCUCUUCUCUUCAUCAAAACUGGUGAAACGCGCAUGCAGAGGCCUCUCACGAAGUGCCAUCGACUGAAGCAGAUGCCCCGCUUCCCUUGUGCCACCGGCGAAUGGACAGAGCUGACCGUCGUUCUUCCGUCUCUCUGGUCCUUGGGUCUGCCGAGUUUGUGUCUUUCCGUUGCGUCGCGAAGUCGCCUGAAAGGCGACUUUUGUCUGUCUCGCCUUUGUCCGACAGAGAAAGAGGCAGUUUGCUGUCAACUAAGUGUGCCUCUCUGACGCUGUUGUUCGUCGCCGUUUCCCUGUUUCGUCCGCCUGCCGAAUUCCGGAUUUUCCGCUUUCUCCCGACCUCCCCACCUCGCGAAUGGCGAGAGGUCGUUUGUGAAACAGGAAGGACUUUCUGAAAGCUCUUCAGUUCCGUGACUCUCCAAGAGGCGACGUAACAUGUUCGGCCACAAACACAGAGAAGAUUGAGCAAAGAAAGUAUUUUCAGGCU